CACAACUGCUCUUUAUAUUCGAACUUAUAAAGUGAACCAGGAGACCUCUGUUAGAUUAAUUAAAACAUGAAUUCAAAGAUCUUGUAUGCUGUGGUUGUGGUUGGAAUCGCUUGGUUUGAAGCUUCUGGACAACUCGUUCCAGUUCCGAGAAUAGACGAUGUCCACAGAGUAGCUCGGGUUGUGAACGGGCAACCGGCAUCACCAAAUUCAUAUCCAUGGCAAGCAUCGCUGUUGUUGACUGUCAAUGGUAACGGCGUGUUGUUCUGUGGAGGAAUAUUAGUUGCCAUAGAUUACGUGUUAACAGCCGCACAUUGUGUUGACGGAAUAACAGCGAAGAGAGUGAAAGUUGGUCUUGGUGACCAUAUAUUUAACGAGGAGGAAGGAACGGAGCAAAUCAUCAGUGUAUCGCGCAUAACUAUAAGCUCGUCUUACGAUGCUGAUACGUUCGACAGUGACUAUGCUCUUGUGAAGCUGAAAACUGGCGCCACGCUAAAUAAUUACGUGCAGAUAGCAAACUUAGGAAACGUAUAUAAAGCAGAUGGAGACUGCGUGGUGACGGGAUGGGGAACUUCCGAUCCGAAUCUGUCGUCCAUGACGCCUGUCCUACAGGAAGCAACAGUUGACGUCAUGUCUAAUGCUGACUGCGCCGACAUUUGGCAACAUGUCAGCCCUAUUACAGAUAACAUGAUGUGUGCUGGAUCUACUACAUCCGGGUCAUGUACGGGUGAUAGCGGCGGGCCAUUGAUGUGUCUUGAAAACGGUAACUGGGUCGUACAUGGCAUUGUUAGCUGGGGUGCCAGUGCAUGUGGAAUUGACGGGGUACCGGAUGUCUAUACUCGUAUCAGUGCAGUUUAUAAAAAUAUUAUGUCGAUUACUAGCAAGGCUAGUAAUAACAAUGGAAACGGAAAAGGGCACAAGGGUAAACGUAGUCUAAUUAUCAGAAAUAUAUUUGGUGGAGCCUAA